GUGCAAAGCUUAGGCACAGCACUGGUACUCACCUCUCACAGUAUGGACGAAUGUGAGGCGCUGUGUACGGAACUAGCCAUAAUGGUUUACGGGAGAUUUAAAUGCUAUGGUAGUUGUCAACACAUAAAAAGUCGAUACGGAGCCGGCUUCACACUGCUGGUGCGUCUUCGGCGACGUGAGGAUGCUGAACGAGUGAAGAGCGCAAUACAACGAAGUUUCCCUGGAGCAAAUUUGAAGGAGCAUCAUCUUCUCCAGCUGAACUACGAGUUACAAAAACGACCCGGUAUGACAUGGUCAUUGUUGUUCGAUAAGAUGGAAGAACUCUCGAGAGAGUUUGAUUUUGAGGACUACUCCCUUAGUCAGACAACGUUGGAACAGGUUUGUCUAGCCACAAAUUAUGAAUUGUUAUCUUCUUCUAUCAAAUGCACAGUCAAGAAGCCUGUUCCUGCUCUAUGA